UUACCUACACUGAUGGAAUCCAACAUUCCAAUGACAAAGGGGACAUCACAUCCAUUGCUAUCUCACCUCGCGAUGUCACUAGCCCCAGGAGGGAGUUCCACCAUACACUAUGAAUCCCAAAUGAAAGUCUUAUUAUGGAACUGCUGUGGCUGCAAUAGCUUGGAUUUUCAAAGAAAUUUUAGAGCUAUUGUUGCAUGGAACAAUCCUACUAUAAUAUGUUUAACCGAAACAAAAAUGGCAAACCACUACCCACUCAUGCACGCAGUGGGUUUCACUGACAUGUUUGAUAUAGCUGCAGAAGGUUAUUCCGACGGGGUCGUGUUCAUGUGGAAAAGUGAUGAGCUGAGCAUGGAUCCAGUCGCAGUCACUGACCAAGAAAUACAUGUCAAUGUGCAGGUUUCUCCUAAAAGCGAUGCGGCAGGCACAAGUUAACCAGAUAUAUCGUGAAGCAAAUGUUGUUGCACAUACCCUAGCUCUAUAUGGAAGAAAAAUGUGCUCAAACAUGAUAGCUAGGGAAGAAAAACAUGUUUUUUGGAACUCUACUCCUCCUUUC